UCAAAGAUCCUCACUUUUUCUUAUUCCCUUUUGUUAUAAAUUAAUCAAGUCUCUUUGAAAUUCUCAUAAUUAGUAAAAAGAUGGUUUUUGGCUUGGCAUCUCGUUCUGGAAGGGAGAUGCAAAGAUACAAUAGUAACGGCGGUCGCCGAGUUGUAGGGUGCAUCCCAUACCGAUAUAAACAAGACAUUGAUGGCAGUAUGAGUAAUGAAUUGGAAGUACUUCUUGUUAGUUCACAAAAGAGUCAUACAUUCAUGUUUCCAAAGGGUGGAUGGGAAGUUGAUGAAACUCUAGAAGAAGCAGCUUGCAGAGAAUCCCUUGAAGAAGCAGGAGUUGUAGGAAUUGUUGAGCAUGAGUUGGGUGAAUGGAGUUUCAUUAGUAAAAGAUAUGGUAUAUACUAUGAAGGUCACAUGUUUCCUUUACUUGUUAAGGAACAACUUGAGUUUUGGCCAGAGAAAAAUUUACGUACAAGAUUAUGGAUGAAUGUUGUUGAAGCAAGAGAAGUUUGUCAGCAUUGGUGGAUGAAGGAAGCAUUAGAUAUACUUGUUCAUAGGCUAAAUCUACACCAAAAUAUAGUAGCUAGAAUUAAUUAUUGAAAAUGUUUCACAUUUCUUUAGUAUAAAUAUAGAAAAUAAGUAGCAGUUAUUCAAAUUAAAGUUGGUAAAAAACUUUGAUAUGUGUGGAUAUAUUAUCAACC